CCCAAGGCCGCACCCGGGCGGCAACAUGCUAGCUCGACCAAGGCUGGGUCGGCCAAGCAGUCGCAGGAGUCGGAUCUGUUCGACACCGGGUUCACUCUGCGCGACAUCAGCCCGGCCGCGAUCCGGACCUGGCUGGCGCUGCAGAUCAUCAGCCUGGUGUUCUCUGUGCUGCUGUGGAGCGAGGUGUCCGGGCACCUCGCGGAGUACGACGAGACAGUCGCCCGCGAGUGCUCGCAGCCCCAGAUGGCGGCGCACGGGGUCUGCCACGGCCCCGCGUGGAACGUCUCCGCGUGGGAGGACUUCGUGGUCGGGGGCCCGGAGUUCAUCCUCAGGCGGGACUAA